AUGGCCAAGUCUGCAGAAAUAGACAAUUCUUCUAAUCACCCUAACUGUAAUAAAAAUGUAAAGAAGAAUCUUGUUGGGAAGAAGGUAAUGGUUGAAAACAAGGGAGAAAAGGAUAAAAAUUUAAUUACUGAUAAUUUUGACACUGGUUUUGAUGACAGCUUAAAAGCAAUAUUUGGUGUUAAGCAACCUAUAGCCGUGGUGUCAAUACUGCCUGAGGAGUAUAGUCAAGUCCGGGAAGUAGAGUUAUUAGAAGAUGAUUGUUAUGAUGUCUUUCCUAGAAGCAAAUGCUUAUUGCUAGAUGACAAUAUGUGUGGUGGAGGAUUGUUUGAGAAGCCUACUGAAAAUGAUAAGGAACACUUGCGUCCACUGCAUAUCAAGACUCGUAUUGAUGGAAGGAUAGUCAAUAAGAUUUUGGUUGACGGGGGAGCUGCUGUUAAUCUCAUGCCUGAAAGAGUGAUGGGAAGGCUUGGAAAGACUGAAAAAGAUCUGAUUAAAAGUAGCAUUGGGGUAACAGAUUUUAAUGGAAUGACUUCUUCUGUUAGAGGUGUGGUUCUGCUGUCAAUUAAGGAAGAUGUGUCAAAAACUGCAUUUAGGUGUCCAGAAAAUUUUCUUGGUUUCUUGGUGCAGAAAAAAGGAAUUAAAAUUGACAAAAAUAAGGCAAAAGCUAUCCUAGAGACUCCUCCCCCAGCAAACAAAAAGCAACUGCAAGCAUUUUUAGGGAAGGUCAAUUACCUCAGAAGGUUCAUUUCUAAUCUGUCAAGAAAAACCAAGGUCUUUGAGCCUCUGAUCAAGUUGAAAAAAGAGGAAGAGUUCCAAUGGAAAAUAGAGCAUCAAAAAGCUUUUGACAACAUCAAGCAGUAUUUGACUAAUCCUCCUAUUAUGACACCUCCAAGGCACGGAGCACCCCUAAAACUUUACAUGUCAGCUUCUGAAGUAACAAUUGGUGGAAUGCUUGCUCAAGAAGAUGAGAAUGGCAAUAAAAGAGUGAUUUAUUACCUAUGUCGUGUGCUAAAUGAUGUGGAGAGCCGUUAUUCUCUAAUUGAGAAACUUUGUUUAGCUUUAUAUUUUUCUUGUUUAAAACUUAAGUACUACUUAAUUUCUAGGAAUGUUUAUGUAAUUUCUAAGUUUGAUGUUCUUAAAUAUAUGUUGUCUUCUUCAAUAUUGCAUGGUAGACUAGGAAAAUGGAUGUUGGCCUUAACGAAAUUUUCUUUACAUUUUGUUCCUGCAAGAGCCGUUAAGGGUCAGGUUCUAGCUGAUUUCCUAGUUGACCAUCCUUGUAUUGACAUUGAUGAGAUUUUACUAGGUUUCAUUAGUUUGGUUCCUUGGAAAUUAUAUUUUGACGGUUCAUGCCAUAAGGGUGGUGUUGGUAUAGGAAUUUUAAUUAUUUCUCCAAGCAGCGAGCCAAGUAAAUUCUUCUUUAAAUUGAAUUAUUCAUGUUCCAACAAUGAGGCAGAGUGUGUUACUGAAAAUUUAAGAAAGUAUUUUAAUGUGGCUACAAAGUUGUUGAGCAAGUUUGACAAUGUCAUUUUAAGGCAUGUUCCAAGGGAGUUAAAUCAAGAAGCGAAUGAAUUAGCUCAAAUUGCUUCAAGAUAUAAGAUCAAGCUCUCAACACUAGAAAAAUUGGUGAGGACAAAGGAUAUAUUUAUGCCUUUGAGAAAAAGAGAAGUGUUGUCAUUAGAAAAACUAGACCUAAAAGAUUGGAGAGUACCAAUUAUGGAAUAUUUAGAAAAUCCAAGUCUUAGUAUCGAUAGAAAACUUAAAUAUAGGGCUCAAAGUUAUGUUCUAAUGAAUAAUGUCUUGUUUAAGAAAUCUAUUGAUGGAAACCUCUUAACAUGUUUGGGAGAAAAAGAAGCGUGUUUGGCUCUUGCUGAAGUACACGAGGAAAUCUAUGGUGCCCAUCAGACCUGUGAAGAAUGCCAAAAACAUGGAAGUCUUCAACAUAUUCCAGCGUCAGAAUUGCAUGUUAUAAUUAAGCCAUGGCCAUUUAGAGGUUGCGCUUUAGAUCUGAUCGAACAGAUUCACCCAUCUUCUUCUAAAGGUCAUAAGUUCAUUUUGGUUGGUGUUGAUUAUUUUUCUAAAUGGGUAGAGGCUAUCCCUUUAAGGGAGGUGACUCACAAUGAAAUAAUUAAUUUUAUUGAGGAGCAUAUCGUGUAUAGAUUUGGGAUUCCUCAGUCUAUUACCACUGAUCAAGGAACCAUGUUUAUUGGAAAAAAGGUCAUGGAAUAUGCCAAGUCUAGGGAUAUAAAAAUGCUUUCUUCUACACUGUAUUAUGCCCAAGUCAAUGGACAAGUGGAGGCAGCGAAUAAAAUUUUGAUUGCAUUAAUUAAAAAAUACAUUGGAAGGCAGCCAAGAAAUUGGCACCAAACUCUCAGUCAAAUUCUUUGGACUUACCAAAAUUCUCCAAGAGGUUCUACUGGAAACACCCCGUAUAAGCUAGUUUACGGUCAUGAAGCGGUAUUGCCAAUUGAUAUUAAUCUGCAAAGUAUAAGGGUGACUAGACAAGAUGAGAUACCAGUAGCAGAUUAUUGGAAUUCUUUAUAUGAUGAGCUCAAUGAACUAGAUGACGAAAGGUUGAGAGCUUUAGAGCGGGUGAUUCGACAAAAAGAGAUCAUGUCAAAAUCAUACAACCGCCGUGUUAAAGCAAAUACAUUUGCAGUUGGAUAUUUAGUGUGGAAAAUAAUUUUGCCUAUAGAAAAAAAUUCAAAAACUUACGGUAAGUGGUCUUCAACUUGGGAAGGACCUUAUGGAGUUGACAAUGUUUAUUCUAGAAAUGCCUAUAAGAUUAUUGAAGUCGGAUCAGAAGAAGAAUUCCUUCAAUAA